AUGUGCAACCUUGAGAAGAUAUUUCCUCCAUCAUUCUUUGAUGUAAUGGAACAACUUGCUAUUCAUCUCGUAAGAGAAUUGGAACUUGGUGGUCCUGUGCAGUACAAAUGGAUGUAUAUUUUUGAGCGUUAUAUGCAUCAUCUGAAGAAGAUGGUCAAAAAUCAAAGCAGGGUGGAAGGAUCUAUAGUGGCACAGGUGAUCAAUGAAGAAACUGCAAUCUCUGCUGAAAAUUAUUUUCCACCAGAAGUGCAAAAAAAACACCGAAGACCUGCUCGGCAUGAUGAUAGAGGGGAGAGAGCAACAUAUCAUGUUACUGUCCCAAGCAUGUUCAAGGAAAUAGGACGACUUAGUGGAAAAUUCACGAAGCGGAGACUUACGGACACUGAGAACGCUCAUUUGCAAACAUAUUUGCUCACCAACUGUGAAGAUGUUCUACAAUAUGAGAGUGUAUAUAUGGCGGAGUUGCGUAUGACUCACAGGCAUGCAACAGAAGAUGAGCUUCGACAACUUAGAGAUAACGGAUUUGCUGCGUGGCUUCGUAGUUAUGUGAGUCAUAUAUCAUAUUACCCUAUGCAAAUGAUUAGUUUAAGGAAUACUGAUUAA